AUGGCCCAUCAGGCAACCCCUAGUUCUCAGAAGGCCCUGAUGAUGGAGUUGAAGUCCUUACAGGAGCAGCCGGUGGAAGGAUUCCGCAUCACUCUGGUUCAGGAGUCUGAUCUCUACAACUGGGAAGUAGCCAUUUUUGGGCCCCCAAACACCCUGUAUGAGGGAGGGUACUUUAAGGCUCACAUCAAGUUUCCAGUGGACUAUCCGUACUUGCCACCAACCUUCCGUUUCAUCACCAAAAUGUGGCACCCCAACAUCUAUGAGAACGGCGACGUGUGCAUCUCCAUCCUGCACCCUCCAGUUGAUGAUCCACAAAGUGGGGAGCUGCCCUCAGAAAGAUGGAAUCCAACCCAAAAUGUCAGGACCAUCCUGCUCAGCGUCAUCUCUCUACUCAAUGAGCCAAACACUUUUUCCCCUGCGAAUGUGGAUGCUUCAGUCAUGUUUCGCAGAUGGAGGGACAGCAAAGGCAAGGACAAAGAAUAUGCAGAGAUUAUCAGAAAACAGGUGAUGUCCACAGCUGCGGAUGCUGAGCGCGAUGGCGUCAAGGUGCCGACCACGCUGGCGGAAUAUUGUGUCCAGACAAGGGUCCCCUCACAGGACAGUAGCUCAGACCUUCUCUACGAUGACAUUUAUGACGACGACAUGGAGGAGGAUGAAGAGGAUGACGAAGAGAGUGAGAUGGAGUCCAUAGGCGAAGCCGGAGCUGUCGGUGCUACAGAGGAUGGCGGGACGACCAACAGAUGUUAUGACAACCAGGAUGACUCUGGCAACGAAGAGUCAUGA